CGUGCAAGAUUUUCAGAAUUUACUUGAUUUAAAUAUAGUGUAAAAUUCUUAUUAAUCAUGAAUUUACUUUAUAGCUUGGCCUUUGGUUAUAUUAUUUCUGUAAUUUGAUAUAUAUAUGCGUGAUUUGAAAGGUCCAAAAAUUAAGAAAUGCAACUUGAGUUGUAAAUAUAUUAUUAUGAAUAGGCAUGUAUCAACGUCCAUAGCCAGCAGCGAAAAAGAAUGGUUUCAAAUACGUCAUUGCUUUGUCCAGGCGUACUUCAAAUAUCCGCUGUACAAGUAUCUGAUUCCAAACGAAGUUAAACGGAAAGAAUUUCUCACGAAUUACAUAGAAGCUAACUAUGACGUGGCCGUUCGUCACGGAAAUUCACUGUUGCUUUGCAUACGCAUGGUUAACGAAGAAGAUGAUAGUUGUCAGUUGAAGAAAUCGUUCGCUGAUGAUAAAAAAAUAAUUGGUGGAGCACUCUUCGUUCCUCCUACCACAGAUGGUGGAGACUGGGAUUGCGCUGAUGACGACACAUUUUUCAAAUCCUACGAAAACUACGGACUGAAUGAUAUUGACAACGAUGCCUACCACAACAUAAUCAGCCAUGAAAAAUGGGAGACAGAGAAUAUUAUGACAAAGAUAUGCAAGCUUAAAUUUGAAGCAUGGAUGGCGUUUUUCUGGGCCAUUGAUCCCGAAUUUGCUGGAAAGGGGUACGGUAGUGCCAGCUAUCCAGAUUGCAUGCAAAUUCUACAAAAUUAUCAAGAAAAACAACUACCUUCAGUCAGAAAUUUAAUGACACCGCGCAGAAGAUGCCAGAUGAACAUGCCUUUAAGUGGAAUCGAAAAUUACGGAAAAACAAGCCAAAUAAUUUCUACUGUGUCAACGACUCAAUCUUUUCCAUUGCCCCUACCUGACUUUAUGCAAGCAGGUGACAAAACGAUAUGUCAAUGGUCACGAACUUACAAAGAUCCGGUUGUAUUUUUUCCAAGUCACUGUGAACGAGCUGUGAAAUUUCACAUGAAAAAUGGAUUUCAUUUAAUCGGAAAAACGCAAGUAAACAAUAGGAAAUUUCCGUUUGAUGCAAGUGCCAAAACUGACCCACCAUGGGCUAAUUUACUGAUAAUCGGACUGUAUGAAAAAUCAACUUACGAUCAGUACACAUCGGGAUACCACUGUAAACAAAAAAAAUUCACUACACGGUUUCGGGACAGAAUGGGGUACAUCCAAGAUGAAACUUUUCCCGCGCUAUAAGUUUCUACGCAGUGUGCAAUGAUUUUAAUCAUAAUUUUAGCAAAUAACCAUAGCAAAGCUAUUAGUAUAUGCUGUAUAUAGUAUUAUGCAGAUGGCAAGAAAGACAUGCGACAUGUUUCAUUGACAAAACGUUAGUGUUCUGAGCAGUACCGUGAAUCUAGUUUUUGCGCAAGAGUUGCUUGAAAGUACCCGAAGAAAACUAGCCACAAUUUGCUAGUAGGAUAGGACGUUAGAAUAUCAGUUAGCCUUCUUCAAGUCCAAUGUAAUCAUUUGCACAAAAAUAUAGGAAACUUAAUGAAUGGUUUUCGACAUGCGCAUACUUUUUACAGAAAUGUGUCACUUUCCAUACUUAUGAUUGUUGGCCAAAAUAUACUGUACAAAGUACGUAAUACCAUCACUAAUAUAUCAGAUAAAGCAUUUGCAUUUUGUGACAAUAACUUAUCGAUCGAUUCAAGCCAAUGUCUCGCAAUGACACGUGCUUCGCCAGCACAGACUGCCGCGAUGGCGCAUUGGUUUCACCAACCAGAGGUCGAACAGAGGUUAAGGAGGCAUUGUGACAUAAAUCAGUAUUAAAUUUGCCCUGUAAAAUAAAUAUGAUAAAAACCAUGUAUAUUUGUUACUAUGCCGAUAGAGUCUUAUCCCAGGAACAUAGCUUGCCAAAUUUUGCAUAUUCCACUGAUACUUACCGUACGUUAUCGGCAUUCCAGUAGUUUUGAUGUCGUACGCGGUAUAUUCCAUCUCGUAAAACAUUUCUAUCUUCUGUAUAUUACACUUAGAGUUGAAACUUGUAAAAAUUUGAAAUUGAAUAUUUGAAAAAGUACAGAUAUAUUGCAAAGUUAUAUAUUUAAAAUAAAAACAACCCACAAUUGACGUGGUUACAAUCUGCUAUUUUUUUAAAAAAUAUAUCACUUUUAAGCUGCGUAAUUUCAUGCGAGUUUGCUGAAGCUUAAAACUUUCAGUUCAUCAUCAUCAUAAAUCAAAUUCAAAUCAUCAUAAAAAGCUAUCAUUUUCGCAAGUGUUUCGUGCCAUUGUGUCUACAUACAACAAAAAAGAAAGCCAAGAGUAAAAUCAUACAAGAAAUAAUCUAUGAGCCUCCUGCCCUUCUCAUUCCAACUGAGUAUAUCUGUCGGCUUGACAUCACUAGAACAGUUGGUGCACUUCCUAUAAGAUAGCCUACUUUCCGCCACUGAGUACUGACUUCUGAGUAUCCCAACUACUUUCUCAUGCAUACUCGCUGUCCCUCCUGCUUCUGUCGACAAACUUUGUAUUGCAACUCUCCAUAAUGAGUGCUAAUAUGAAUCUAUUGACCGCAGCAACGGUAACAUCGAUUGCCAAUGCCAAAACUAAAAUAACGCCUUAAUAAAAAGAGUAGCUAAAUUAUCGCUCAGGCUAAAUCAGUGACGAUGUGAUUUGGAGUUGCAAAUGGUUCGUCUGUGGAGGUGAGAACAAUAUUGGCGUGUAGCAUAAUAGAGAUUUAACGUUGGAAUUUUCAAAUGGGUAACCGUCAGCUCAUCAAACGCGAAAGUGACACUGAAGUUCGCCUUUUAUCUUUUACUGUUCUCACAUUAAUAGUAUUUCUUGACUUUGCUGGAAUUGGAUGAUAUAUAUUACUUCUUUCUUAGUAUUGUUGUUCAAAAAAAUGUGAAAUAUCGAAUUGCUGAUCGAUGGAUUUAUUUUAUUAAAAGGGUAAACAAUAAUUACAUAAUAUUUUAGCGCAUCCCUAACCCCUCUCUGCUAUAACAAGAUGGCCAUUUUUGACAAACCCACUAUGUUUGGACAACUACACAUAUAAAAUCCUUCCCGAUAUGACAAGCCAUUAUUAAAAUGAUGGGUUAUCCAAAUGUAUAAACUGUAAUAUAUAUGAGGUAAAAAAUUGAAUAGUUGUUAAACACUGUGUUCAGAUAAUUGUGUGCAUUUGUUCCUGCUGUCAACGAAAUGGAAUA